AUGAGUAACACAGCACCAACCCCGUGUGUUUUGUACAAGGACAGAGUGUUCGCUGGUAAUCUAACUACUCUCAUUGAUGAGGAGGACAUCCUCACUUUCCUGUGGGAACACGGAUUUGCACCAAAGGACGCUAAGAUAAUCAGAGAUAGAAGGGGAGUGUCCAAAGGUUACGGAUUCGUAGACAUGAGGAGCGACAAAGAGGGCGAGAACCAAACACAGGAGCUUUUGAAGCGGAGGACAAUGUUCUAUGGAGACCAAACCAUUAUCUUUAAGCCUGCUUACAGAAAAUCUCCUUUCUCCCAGCAGUCCCAAGAACUGGUAUUUACAAAAGUGAUAUCCUCCUCGGAACUGUUUGACCCUGAAGCGGAGACUGAUGGUUCAGAAGGAACCCCUCCACCCACUCCACCUAACAAGUGUCCUUGUUGUGCUUGGCCCUGCGACUCUUUUGCUGGAUUAUCUCUCGCUUCAACACCGUUAAUCCUGUUCUCCAGAGUCAGUACCAACAGAACCAGGCACCUUCCUUUCAGUUCUCCUCCUUACUACUUCCCUCUUGUUACCUACCAGCCCUCUUCAACACCUCCUUAUUGGAACGCCCCUAACUAA